UUCACGCAAACGCGAUAUUUUGUCGCAGCUAGAUUUUGAAUGGGCGGUGGAGUUGAAUCGCUAUAGUCUGCAAUUUAUCGGUCUUUGGCCGAAAAUGGAAGAAACGACGCGGGAAAAGAUAAUUGCCAAUGUACGUGUAUUUCUGUUGAUAAUCAUGUUAGCCUUUGUUUGUGCGAUUCCCUGCAUACACUCCCUGAUAAGAGUUUGGGGAGAUCUGAUGUCGAUGACGGACAAUCUGCAGUUCACUUUACCUUUGGUUUCGAUGAUAAUGAAGCUCAUCAUCGUGUGGAACAAAAAGCAAGCUCUCGCUCCGAUCGUGCAAAUGAUCGCUAAAGAUUGGCUGAGGCUCAAGUCCGACGAGGAGCGGGAAAUCAUGAUAAAAUGCGCACGGAUUCCUCGUAUAAUCAUAAUGUGCGGAUUCGCCUCGAUGUUCGCGUCGUUUAUUCUCUUAAUCAUUUUGCCGAGCCUCGGGAUCACCAUAAGAUACAUCACGAACGUGUCAGAUCCGGGCAAACCGCUGCCCCUGCAGACGUACUAUCCUUAUGACACCGACACCAGUCCGUACUUCGAACUCACGUUUCUCGCCCAGGGUGUCACCCUGAUGGUAUCCGCCAUGGGUUAUACUGCGAUCGACAGCCUCUUUGGAUUGCUGAUUUUUCAUGUCUGCGGUCAGCUGCAGAAUCUCAAGAACCGAUUGACGGACAAGAAGGAUUCAAAUUUCGAUCGUAUCCUGGCGGACGUGAUUUCGGAUCAUGUACGCCUUAUCAGAUGCAUUAAAGUCAUCGAGAGUACGUUUACUUUGAUGCUUCUUGGAUUAUUCCUCUAUUUCGGUACAUUAUUUAGUCUUUAUGGGUUUUUACUAGUUACAAUCAUCACCGAUAAAAAUCGUCAUUUGUCUGUUGUAAGAUUGUUAUUUCUUAUAACAGUCCUCGCGAAUAUUUUCGGACAUAUGUGUUUAUAUUGUGCAGUUGGAGAAUUUUUAAUAACACAGUGCGAAAAUAUCUACUCUGCUGCAUGCGAAUAUUGUUGGUACAAAUUGAAACCAAAGCAAGCGAGAAAUUUAAUUUUAUUAAUGAUGCGCUCAAAUAAGCCACUUUAUGUAACAGUCGGAAAAAUUUUUCCUCUAACGAUGAAUGCUUUUUGCAGUCUAUUGAAAACGUCAGGUGGUUAUAUAUCGGUUCUGCUUGCACGACGUGAUUAAUGCCAUUGAAUCGCAUUAAUAUAUAAUUAUUACAAUAAUAAUGGUAGUGACAAUAAUUUUCAUGAUAGUGAUAACAUUAAACAUUGAGUG